AUGAAACAAGGAAAGCGGUUAUGCAAUCAUACAGACCAUAAGACCAUACACCCCGUCAGCACUAAAAAAAGGGAAGAAUUGCAGGCGGAUAUUCCGCUACUGUCAAAGAAAGAAACUAUCAGUAUAUCGGAGUUGUCAAACCUAGCAGACGAGACAAACUUGACAAAGCCAACACGCGCUCUCGAUAUCCAUGAUGCGUUCACCAUCCUCCGAAAGGCUGGAUACAAGCAGGCUAUUUAUGCCGUUACUCUGCGUCAGCCUCUCUAUCCUGGAGAUGACCAGCCUUUCUACAUCUUCAACACUGGCCCUGAGUUUAUUGCCGUCGGAACCAAGGACAAAAAGAUCCACAACUUUGGUGUCUCGGAGUACAAUGUUCAGAAAGCUUAG